CUCACUUGUCACUGCGUGAAAUGCCUGCCAGCAGUUUCCGCUAAAAAUGCAACCGUCUCUCGACCUUCACUUACCACAAGUGACAUGGCUUCCAUCGAGUCCUCGGCGACUGGAGCGAGUGCCUUCUCCUCGCUCCCCUCCUCGACUCUCACUCAUCCCCUCUCUUCCUCGGUGAUCAAGACCAUGCCCUCAACAACCCAGGUAGGAAAGGCCUCUGGCUUCGGCUACGCUCUCAUAUCUAUCUUGUCGUUCCUCCCUAUCGCUCUUCUCUGGCUCAUUACCUUUACUACCAUCACCCUACCAACAUGGUUGUUUACCCUCUUUUCCAUGAGUCUGACAUUUACCAUGAAUUUCACUACAUUGCUCAUACUUGUCCUUGCUGUUAUCUCCACCAUCAGUUGGUUCAUUCGUUACCGAUUCCUCAAUGUCUACACCCGCUUGCCACAGGAACCACCACGAAAAGAGCCGCAGAUAGACUUGUUUCCGGACACGCAAGAGGGAGACUCAAAACCAGGCCUUUCAAAUUACCUUGACGAAUUCCUUAGCGCCAUCAAGGUGUUUGGUUAUCUUGAGCGCCCCGUCUUCCACGAGUUGACUAGGACUAUGCAAACAAAAAAGCUUAUUGCCGGUGAAACACUACUGUUAGAGGAAGAAAAGGGCUUCUGCCUCGUUGUUGACGGCCUUGUUCAAAUCUUUGUCAAGUCUUUACGAGAACCCACCGAACGUGGCGUCGCACAGGUCGACCUUUUCAAUGACGAAGAUGGCUACCACGAAGGCAACCAAGGCUACCAACUACUGACAGAAGUCAAGAACGGUGCUUCCUUGUCUUCACUGUUCUCAAUCCUGUCACUCUUCACCGAAGACGUCAAGCUACGCCAUGGCGAACCCAAUGGAGCCGUUCCUAAUAUGGCCGAGCGUCACACCCCAGAGUCGGCCUUCGCUAGCCCCACAAGUCAGCCGUCGACACCGUCCGUUCCGUUCUCAUCACAAGCAGGGACAAGCAACCCAAGAUUGCCCAGAGUUCCCCCUUUGGCCCUAGACAGUGGGUUUGAAGAACGGCAACGGCAAUCUCCACCUUCUGACUCAAAACCAAGCCAGUCGGUGCAUCCUGAUAUCGUCGCGAGGGCUGUAGUAGAUACGACUAUCGCCAUCAUCCCUGCAAGUGCUUUCCGUCGCUUGACUCGAGUCUACCCUAAAGCCACAGCGCAUAUUGUACAAGUGAUUCUGACAAGAUUGCAUCGUGUGACGUUAUCCACAGCCCACCAGUAUCUGGGACUUACUUCUGAAGUCCUCCAGAUUGAGAAAGCGAUGAACAAGUACACCAGCUAUGACUUGCCGGGUCUUCUGCGUGGCAACGCCUUGGAUCGUCUGCGAGACAAGUUUGCGAAAGAAAGGGACCGCAUUGGACCAGAGGAAGGCACCAAGGGUAUCGCUUUGCACAAUCCGAGCGCCAUCAGACGAAGAUCUUCCAGUGGUCUUCGCAGAGACGCUGCUUCGGCUGCAAGGGCUGCAGCUAUGAGAAAUACCCGCGGUCUACCUUCGCAGGAUACACCUCAAUCAGGAAGACACGACGCCCCGGCUUCCAGUGAUUUGCGUUCACCCUCUCGACCGAUCGUACGCCCUACGAGCCUCCAUCUCAGGAAUGUAUCAAGUUGGAACAGCAUGAGCCCUUCUGACAGCCCUGGUCGAGAUAACGUCAGUCCACUAGGGGUUGGAGAGCAGCCGCCUUUUCUUCCUUCCUUCGAGAGCAAGAUGCCACACCGCCAGGAGUUGCACCGCCAAGAUUCUAUCAACGAAGACAGUCUCUUCCGUGAAUCUGUACUGGCUUGCAUGGCCAAAGCACUGGGUCUGAGCGAUGAUGGCAACCAACCUCUCAAGCGUGGUCCUGUGUCUGUUGAGCAGUCGCCCCGCCUUGUCUCUUUUGACUCGAAGAGACAGACUGCCAUCUUCAACAACGCAUUUGGCUUCAUUGAUCCGUUCGAAGACUCUGUAGACGGAGAUUCUGACUCAAUCGCCACAUCCAUUACCAGCAUGGGCCCUGGACGAACACUGAACGAAGAACUUAUGACCGACAUCGAAAUUGUCUUCUUUCCCAAAGGCUCCGUUCUCGUCGAACAAGGCGAGAGAAAUCCGGGGUUGUACUAUGUCAUCGAUGGCUUUCUAGAUGUCAGCAUCCCAGUUGAGGAGAAGGAAGACAAAAACCAACAUAGACACCCCAACUCACAUCCACGGCAGGGGUCCCGAGAGCCGAUGCCACGACUUCGACGAACCAAGACAAGUUCGUCCCGCGCCUCCUCAGUUCCAGGCCAUGUCAAGGAAGGGAAGAGAUUGGUCUCAAAGUCUCUUUUCCUAGUUAAACCUGGCGGGAUUGCCGGCUACGUUGGAACUUUGUCUUCGUACAGAUCUUUCACAGAUGUAACGGCCAAGACCGACGUGUAUGUUGGCUUUCUGCCUCGGUCUUCUCUGGAACGAGUCGCAGAAAAAUAUCCAAUUGUGCUUCUCACCAUGGCGAAACGACUUACUAAUCUUCUGCCGCGUUUGAUCUUACACAUUGAUUUUGCCCUCGAAUGGUUGCAAGUCGAUGCAGGUCAAGUCAUCUACCAUGAGGCAGAUGACAGCGAUGCUAUAUAUAUCGUCCUGAAUGGUCGCCUUCGCGCUGUUCGGGAAACCGAAGAAGGCCAUAUGAAGGUCUUGGGAGAAUACGGCCAGGGCGAAAGUAUCGGCGAAUUGGAGGUCAUGACCGAAGCCACAAGACCCGCCACACUACAUGCGAUUCGAGAGACAGAGUUGGCCAAGUUCCCGAGGAGUCUUUUCAACAGUCUGGCUCAAGAGCAUCCCAGCAUUACCAUUCAGAUCUCGAAGCUCAUUGCACAGCGGAUGCGCGCUCUUCUCGAUGCCCCCUUCACCGAGAACGGACAAGACAAGAAGAAGGCCGCACUUGCGGAAUCCAACACCUCGACUUUGAACUUGCGCACAGUCGCAAUCUUGCCUGUGACUGCUGGGGUUCCCGUUGUCGAGUUCGGUAAUCGACUCAUGGCGGCCUUGACUCAAAUUGGAGUCGAAAGUGGUGUCUCGCUAUUAAACCAAGCGAUAAUCUUGAACCAUCUUGGUCGGCAUGCGUUCAGUCGCAUGGGUAGGCUAAAGCUGUCCCAGUAUCUUACAGACUUGGAAGAGAAAUACGGUAUGCUCCUGUACAUCGCGGAUACAAAUGUCAAUGCACCAUGGACACAGACAUGCAUCGCACAGGCUGAUUGCAUCCUCCUGGUUGGUCUUGCCGAGAGCUCUCCCAAUAUUGGUGAGUACGAGCGAUUCCUUCUUGGCCAAAAAGCAACCGCCAGAAAAGAUCUCGUACUCCUUCACCUGGAUCGAUUUCCGCAACCAGGCUUGACACGGAAAUGGCUUCGCAAUAGGAUGUGGAUCAAUGGAGAUCAUCAUCAUAUCCACAUGUCAUUCCGCCUCAGCUCUGAAGCCACUCCGCAUGCUCAACCUCGAAGAUUGGGGACAGCGAUCAAACACCGGGUUCAGGUGAUUCAAGCCGAGAUACAGAAGUAUACGUCGCGCAGAAUCCGGCAAGGGCCACUAUACUCUGCAGAUUCCCCUUUCAAGGGCGACUUGCACCGACUGGCUCGCCGAUUAUGUGGCAAAUCUGUCGGUCUUGUUCUCGGGGGCGGGGGAGCUCGUGGCAUUGCUCAUGUUGGCGUCAUCCGAGCACUCGAAGAAGCCGGCAUUCCAAUUGACAUCAUUGGCGGCACGUCCAUUGGAGCUUUCAUUGGUGCUCUGUAUGCUCGUGAUGCAGAUGUUGUGCCCAUGUACGGACGUGCAAAGAAAUUUGCGGGUCGUAUGGGGAGCAUGUGGCGAUUUGCAUUGGAUCUCACCUAUCCUACGGCGUCAUAUACUACUGGUCAUGAAUUCAACCGUGGCAUUUUCAAGACAUUUGGCGACAGUCAGAUAGAGGAUUUCUGGUUAUCCUUUUAUUGCAACACUACCAACAUCAGCAAGUCUCGUGCAGAAAUCCAUACUUCAGGAUAUGCUUGGCGGUACGUGAGGGCGAGCAUGUCUCUCGCUGGCCUGUUACCACCGCUCUGUGAUGAAGGCUCGAUGCUUCUCGAUGGAGGUUACAUUGAUAAUUUGACAGUUGCACACAUGAAGAGUCUCGGCACUGAUGUUGUCUUUGCGGUUGAUGUUGGAAGUCUCGACGACGAUACCCCACAACAGUACGGCGAUUCUCUCUCUGGCUUCUGGGCGCUUCUCAAUCGUUGGAAUCCAUUUUCAUCAGUACCUAACCCGCCUACUCUGUCUGACAUACAAGCUCGGCUUGCCUACGUUAGUUCCGUGGACGCGCUAGAAAGGGCCAAAACCACACCAGGAUGUCUAUACAUGCGACCUCCUAUUGACGCAUAUGGCACAUUGGAUUUUGCCAAGUUUGACGAAAUUUAUGAGGUUGGAUUCGCCUACGCCAAAGAAUUUAUUGCUAAGCUCAAGAGCGAGGGAGAACUGAGCGGUAUUAUUGAAACAUGGAAAACGGGUGGUAAUGAUGAGGAGGGGAAAAAGAUACUUAGAGCAAUGGCACCAAGAAGAGCGAGCAUAUAAAUGAGUUGUCAUGGCAUUUCCAGGAUGAAACAGCAUACGAUUCGGCAUUUUGUAGAUAAAUGAAAAUGGAUUGUACAUACUUGGGCUUAAAGGGAUUGAGAAAAACUUAUGGCUCAGUGAGUAACUAGUUUUGGAUCGACGUUCCUCUAUUGAUUACUAGAUUCCUUGAAUAUAGCGAGAACC